GGUCAUCAGAUUCUGCUCCCCGACUCUCCCCCUUCCAUCGACAAACCGACCGUCCGUAUUGUUAGCAUUCAAGCAGAGCCAUCUAUUUUGAAGACGAGGAUCUCAUACAGAUGCGUCUCUUCACAUCCCACCCCACCUAGUCCUCGGAGCUGUCGCCGCGGAAAGAGAAAGACCGCCCACAUUGAACAAAGGGCCGAAUAACGCCUGCAAGUGCUUCGACGCCCGCACCGCCCGCAUCGCUCGCACCCUCACUCCCAAUUCUCGCUCGUCUCCUUCUCGGCCUUACUCCCCGCAAAUCCCCAGACAACGUUUUCCGGGGAAAUCGAUUUCAAUCUCGAAAACAAAGGCCUCGACGACAAGUAGGGCAAGCUCAAUCAGUCCUCGAAACCUGUCGACGACUGCCGUUGCCACGAGGCGGCGGCAUCGCCUGUCUGAACUCUAUCCGUACGAUCCCACGACGCGCACCCACGACCGCCAUCAUGACCGCCGCUAUCAAGCGCGCCUGCGACCCAUGCCACCGGCGCAAAGUCAAAUGCGACGGCUUCAACCCGUGCAAGAACUGCAACAACUCGUCCUUGUCAUGCACCUACAAUGCCAUUCCUCAGAAGAAGGGCCCCAAGGGCUCACGCGCAAAGAUCAUCAGCGAUAUUCGUGAGACGCAACGACACAACAGCCUCCACACCAAGGUGCACGCUCGAAUUGCCGGUGCGCCAUGUACGCCUGCUCCCGAAGGCGUCAAACCGACGCCGGGCUUCUUGACACCUGACGUCGUCAGCGCCUGCAUCAAGUUCUUCUUCGACCACAUGUACGCUCAGAUGCCGAUCCUCGACCAACGUGCCAUCGAGUCUCAGAUCCCAUUCAUGGAGCAGAAUCCCGACACAUACUGUCUCGUUGCCUCGCUCUGCGCUUUUGUCAUGAUGCAGCCUGGCAUGAGCCUACCCGCCAACGAGUACUUCAACUUCGACAUGUACCCUGGCGCCCUUAUUGCCGGCAGUCAGACCAUCAUGGACGAGGUGCUGCGUGUCCGCAAGGGUGUUGACCACCUCGACAAUGUGACACAUAACGCACUGGCAACUACUUUCUUCCUCUUUGGCUGCAACUAUGCCUUGGAAAUGCACAAUCAUGCGUGGUUCUACCUGCGCGAGGGCACGACCCUCAUCCACAUGGCUGGCAUGAACCAGGAAGGCUUCUACGCUACACUUGACAACGUUGAGUCCUCGCGCCGUCGCCGGCUUUUCUGGCUUUUCUUUGUCAUGGAGAGAGCGUAUGCCGUUGGCAAGAACCGCCCCCUGACCUUGCAGGCGACGAUCAAUGUGCCAACCUCGAGCGACGACCAAAGCGACCCCCUCGCAAACCACAUUGGCAACUUCCUGCUCCUUGUGGACGCGUACAAGCCCAUUGACGAUGCGUUCCUCAGCACCUGGCGCAAAACUCACGGCAAUCUGUCCGCCUCGCAUGUCGACAACAUGCGGAAGCAGAUGGGAGAUCUCCUGCGGUCCUACUAUUGCAGAGACUCGAGUUUUGGCGACAUGCACGUGAAUCAGAGUUGGCUCAAGAAUACCGUUUGGCAACUCACCAGCCAGGACUCAUACUCGACCAGCGUGUCGCGCGAUCUCCUCAUGCGGAUGGCCGCGCAAUUCCCCGGGCAGGGUAUGGAACUGAUGAACUCGUCGCUCCUGUCCUCAGUCCUGGAUAUAGUUCACUCGAUGACCGAAUUCCUUGCGGUCCAGCCCGCCUCUCGCGACCCCUUUGCACCUGGGCCCCAAGACAAACUGGCCACGCUGCUCAAUACCGUGGCAUUGUCCCGCAAUGGUGACCACACCUAUCUGCCCGUCCUUCUGACCGAUGUUGCCGAGAUCCUUCCACGACUCGCAACACCCAUGCUCCAGAACGCAGUAGAGGAUCCCAACCUUGCCAAUGUCGACAUCUUUGACGGCUUUGGCACUAGUGGCAUGGCCCAACCUCCUCCCCAGAUGCAGAUGGACAUGGAGACUCCAUAUGAUCAGAAGUUCACCCCCGAGGAGUACGAGCAGCAAUACGCCGCCACCAUGGACCUGAAGCAGCAGCAACAGCAGCAUUCGACGCCUGACUCUCAGGGCAGCAGCAGUCAGCCCCAGCAGUCCACGGCUGAUAUGAAUUCGUCCUUUGUCAGCUCUCCCGGGAUCAUGGCCACGGGCGGCGAUUAUAACACUCAGAUGGGCGGUUUCAAUGCCUGCACGCCCAUGUCGGAGAUUAUGAGUCCGAUGGCGCACCAGCAGCCGCACAUGUCGCAACAACAGCAUCUACACUCCUCCCAUCCCCACCAGCAAACAACCCAACAGCCGCAGCAACAGCAGCCGCCGCAGCCAUACAUGUAUGACGGGAUGAACAUUCAGCACUCUCAGAUGCCCAUGAAUACCAUGCGUCAGCCUCCACCCCAACGGCAGCAUAGCUUCCAGGUGCAGGUGCCAAUGAGAACGGUCGGGGAGUUUCAAGGACUGCAGCCGUCAGGGCAGGACAGCCGGCAGGGCAUGGUGGGGCUUGGGUCGAUGAGCAACGAGAUCGACUUUGGGGCGCUGCAGUAGACGUUUUGAGCUGCGCUGCGCCUGUACUUUAUCUUUUCCCCUUUUCACUCUGUCUUGGUAAAGCGACGGCUAUGAUUUUUUUCUCUUUGACGACGGACACAACCGAUAUUUUCUCUUGUAUCACGGACACAACAUUUUGGGGCCUGGCGUUCUGGGCAUAAUUGGCGACGGUUCUCGGUGUAAUUGAAAGAGAAGGACAUGGGCCGUACAUAGAUGGAUACGUAGCAGUAACUCCGUUUGAACA